AUGAACAACGGUGAUUCAAGCAUUGAAGACACAAGGCUCAAACACAAAUCUCAAUAUAAAUAUGCCAGCCUCAACAUGAGAUGCUUUAUGGCAAAACGCGUCAACAACAGAAACAAGCACAACAACAACGUAGUUUGCAACUACGGUUUAACAGAUUUUAUGUGCACAUUUUAUAUUUUACAAAAAGAAGCUACGGAAAAAAUUGUAGUCACUUCAUCGAAUGCAACUGCAACAUUCACAAUCACAAUUGUUGCAAACGUUCAAAGCCAUUCGACUGCGCUAGCGACCGCAACUGAGACUGCAACGGCGACUGCAACUGAGACAUCCUACAGCGACCGCAACUUAGACAGCUAA